AUGGCACAGGAGAAGAAGGAAGUCCUGGUUGUGUUUGACUUCGACAACACCAUCAUUGACGAGGACGGCGAUACAUGGGUCACGAAGCUCGCCCCUGCAGGACAGGCACCCCAUUGGCUCCAACAGACGUACCGCAACGGCUACUGGACACAGUACAUGGAAAACAUCUUCCGAUAUCUCCAUGACAGCGGAACGACGCCCGACGACAUCCUCGACUCCUUAAAGAAAAUUCCUUUCACGAAAAAUAUGCGAAAUGUCUUAAAGUUCAUUGCUAGUAACAGCGCCAAGUUUGACUGUAUCGUCAUUUCAGACUCCAACACGGUGUUCAUAGAGACCAUUCUAAAGGCAGCUGUAAAGAAAUCUUGA